GAAGGAUUCAAACUCAAAACAGGAAUCGAUCAGCGAGGGAAAUAAAGUUGGAUUAUUCACUUAUUCAGCGUUGUUCUUGUCUCGAUGAAUUAAAAAUUAUAUAAAAUAAUGAGCUCACAAGGAGGAAAGAUGAAAGAACACAUAGUGCAAUGCUUGGACUUUGCUAUGGGCAAACUAACAAAGAUAUGGGAUGAUAUUGGAAUAUGCCAAGACCAGAGAAAGGAGAGAGCAGAGGUGGUUUUGCUGCAUUUGAAGAACUUGCUUGAAGAGAUGGUCAAAGAGGAAGAAGGACUAAAGAAGAAUUUGCUUCAGAAUGUUGAGACUUAUGGGGAGGAACUUGUUACUUUGCAUAAAGAACUGAAUAUACCUUCAGUUGAACCAAAGAAAACCCUAACAAUACUUCAGUUGGAAAAAGACCUCAGAACCAGGGUUGACAAUCUAUCUAAAAUGAAACAUGAACGCAUGAAAAUAUUGAAAAAACUGAAAGAAACCGAUCAGGCCCUCUGUGACGCUCUUUGCACCACUCCAUAUUACAUCCCCACUGGAACAGUACCCAGUCAGGAACAGAUAAAGACACUAGAAGAACACAUCACAACUUUAACCACUGAAAAGGAAAGACGAGCGACCAUAUUUGGCACUCAAAAGAAGUCUAUUGUAAAGAUGAUGGAGGCUUUGGACCAGUUGCCCAGCACAGACUUUGAGAGAGACAUCAUAUGUGAGGAAGAUGACACAUUCCUACUGUCAUCUGAGAACAUGAAAGCGCUCAAGACACUUCAUGAGGAGCUGGAAGUUCGACAACAGCAGAACUUCAGUACGGCCAACCAGCUGAGGGAACGAGUGACGUUACUGUGGGACAGACUAGAAGUAGAGGGGGCUGAGAGAGCUAAGUUCUUGUCGGAGCAUGCAGGAUUCAAACCUAAGACUAUCACUGCUUUGAGGGAGGAGGUCACUCGUUUGGAAGAGCUUAAGUUGCAGAACAUUCAAAGAUUCGUGGAGGCGAUGCGUCGUGAAGUAGAGACAUGGUGGAAUAAAUGUUACUAUAGCGAUGAACAACGAGCCAAAUUCAAACAUUAUAAAAAUGAUAACUACAGCGAAGAACUACUUGAAAUACAUGAGAAAGAAGUUGCAAAGAUCAAAGAGUAUUAUGAAGAGAACAAAGCUAUGUUAGAUCGGGUUGCCAGACGAGAGAAGCUUUGGGAAGAUAUGAUGGAAUUUGAGAGACGUGCAGCAGACCCAAAUAGAUUCACCAACAGGGGUGGCGGUCUCCUAAAGGAGGAGAAAGACCGCAAGAAACUCAUGAAGGAUUUGCCAAAGGUUGAGCAAGAGCUGGAUGAAGCAAUAGGUCAAUGGGAACAAGAGAAUAAGAAAGAAUUCCGACUGAAGGGAAUGCGGUUCAUGGAUUAUGUUACCUACCAGUGGGAAGAAUAUGCAAAAAAUAAAGAAAUGGAAAAACAGAAUAGACACAAACGUAAUGCAAAAAUAAUGGAAGAAGAAAUGCAUUAUGGGAGUAAACCUACCACCCCUGCCAAAAGACGAUUUCUCGGAACCACACCAAACAAGAACACACCUAAUAAACAGCGCAGGACUGAGCUUAGUAUAGCAAGCAGCAGGACGCCAAACUCUACCCUAGGGUCACGCACUCCCAACAGGACGCGGACAGGUCUACGGAGCAGGCUAAAUGAUAUGUCACGCACCCCUGGGGCAAUGACCCAGUCACGUAUACAGACUCCCCAGUCUGUAUCUCGCAACCAUACUACAUCUGUGUUCGCAUCUCCCUUUGGCCCACCUACUCGACCCCCUCGACCAGUUACUGGUACCAAGACCCCCAAACAGCUGAGACCUACCCCCCAGAGGAUGACGAGGAAGGCUCUUACAGACCGCAAUGAGACGCAGAACCCAUUCAGCCAAACUACUAUGGCUAAGGAGGUCAAUGAUGUGUCUGUGGAAAGCACGGGAUCAUACAAAGAUUUUGCAAAUGGACUUAAUCCUAAAUCACGGCCUAACUGUCGGAGUAGUGUUGUACCUAGUAGUCAAGGCGUCACACAUCUGUUGUAAUAUCACCUUGGAGAGACAACAUCUAGAGCUAGUCAACCAUCUCCCGGCAACAGCUGACUCGCUCGAUUUGUGUGGUAGUAGUAAAUGGCCUGUAAGAAAGAUAGAGGGAGGGGUAAACUUCAAAAUUUAUGUAUUUUUAAUUUUCGUGAUUUUCUAGAUUUUUGUAUAAUUCAGUACUUCAGUUUCUUUUGCAAAAUUCCCUGUUCUUUGAAAAUAGAAAAAAUGACCCUCUCUCUGCUAUCACAAAUUUUUCUUAUGGGCCAGAAAACCUACCGUAGAAUGUAAAUAUCUAGAACAAUGCAGUAUAUGGGACUGGGGUGUAUAGUGUACAGUAUCCUAAGUAACUAUGGUACAGAGUCCCAUAGUGGGAUCGCAAUCAAGAUCUUGGGAGUUUAGAAUGAUCGGACAUUUUGUGAAUGCUGAAAGAGUGAACUAAUUCCAGAGUGCCAUUGUAGAGUUGAAAGAGUUAAAGAAACACAAACAUUACAUAACAUACAAACAAUACAUCAUACAUUGAAAUAAUGCCAGGGUGCCGCGUAAAGAUUUCUGAUCUACUCGUCAAAACUGAAUUACAGAGCAGUUGUCAUGUUUUUUUCAUAUAUAUCCGUCGGAAAAUUAACUUGGAGGUCAAGUCUUAUGCGGCUGCAUCCUGGUCUUUUGCUAAACUAUGACAUCACAAAUCUGUAAAUUCAUUUCAAAACAUUUCAUAGACCAAUAUAAGUGAUGUCAUAUUACAUCUGCCAUAUCUUAGAUAUUGAAAUACAGUAUAUGUACUUAAAAGUUUUGGUACAUGAUUUUUUUUAAGUUCACUAAUGAAAUGAAGACGUAGAUUACAUUCCAAUUGAUAGAAAGGCAAAGGUACAAGAUCUGCAUAAUCAUAUCAUAUAUGAUAACAUAUGUUAUGCACAGUUGUACAGACGCACAUUUAUAUAACAAUUGUAACAUUUAAAGCGAUGUAUUCAGUAUGAUUUAUAACAUGUUUUUUCUGUCUUUAACUUCAAAAUAAUAUUUUUGAAUAUUUUAAGGAAUAAUCAUAAACCCUCUAGAAACAUUAGAGAAAUCCAUUCUCAAAAUCAAGAACAUGCAUUACAAAAUGUUAAAGCAUGAACACAAAAUAUGCAUCCACACAGAAAAAAUCCAUUUGUAUUGAUUUGCAAAUCACAGUGCCAAUAUUAAAAGAUUUGGCAGUUAUUUUGUUAAGAAUAUUUUAAAGUUUGACUAAGUGUACAAAAGAAUGAUUUUAUUAUGUACUUUUAAUCGAAUAUAAUUUUAUUUGUGUACAUUAAUCACACAAUGUCCCCUAGAGGGUACCCAUGUAUUGAAGUCUGUCUGCUUAUUAUUAUUCCAUGAAUCAAUUCCAUGGAAUUCUACUACAUUUUUUAAAGUCGGCAAUUCUAUGCAAUUUAAAGUGUAAACAACAUAUCUUUUUACUUUAUUCCUU